UUGGUGUUGUGAACUCUUGAUAUUAAUAUUAUCAAGAAACUUUCACUUUUCUUUUCUCUAUUCUCAGUUUCAUCUUCCUUCAAGGUUUGCUUUUAAGUGUUCUCUGUUUCAGAGGCUAUGGAUUUCUCUGAGAAAACAAAGUUGUUUGUGGGAGGUGUCUCAAGGGAAACUACUGAAGAAACACUGAGGCAACACUUCAGCAGUUUCGGACAAGUAGAGGAAUCUUUGAUUAUCAGAGACAGGCCUACUGGCAUUGCACGAGGUUUUGGUUUUGUUAAAUUUAGUAACCCUUUCAUGGCUAGAGAAGCCCUGCGGACUCAACAUUUUAUUCUUGGGAGAAAGGUUGAUGUCAAACCUGCAAACACUAAAAGUGAUAGGUUGGAACAUUCAAGUGUUUAUGGUAGUGAUGUGAAGGGUUAUACUCAAUCUAGUAAGAAGAUUUUUGUGGGAGGUUUGCCACAUAACUUAACCGAAGAAGAGUUUAAAGGUUACUUCGAGUGUUUUGGUAAAGUAACAGAUGUGGUUAUAAUUUUUGACAAACAAAAUCAAAGAUCAAGAGGCUUUGGUUUUGUUACGUUUGAUUUAGAGGAGGCUGCAGAUCAUGUGUUGCAGAAUAGUUUUUAUGAACUAAAACAUAAGAGGGUGGAGGUGAAGCGAGCCGAACCUAAAGAUAGGAAUGAAAAAUACGUGAACUAUUAUGAUUGUUAUAGUACUGGUUUGGCUUCUGGUUAUUCUAGCUAUUUUGGCUUUCAAGCUCAUCCAUAUUAUGAUUACUCUUACCCCCCGAAUGCAUAUGCUUUACCAAUUAUUUCAUCUACCCAUACUCCAUUUGGGAACCCUCGGUUUCAAUUCCAACAUCCUUCUCACUAUCAUCCUCCUUAUUACUUUGGUUGUAAUGGACUUUACAUGAAUGGUUGGCCAAGUGGAACUGUAGACUGGACUUGUCGUAAUGACAACUUAGUUGAAGAAUAUGAUAGUGGUACUAACAAUUCAAUUAGAGGUCGGAGAAGCGGAAACUUAUGUAGAAAUAACAAUGGCGGUGGUGAGAUUGAUGGUCCAGCAUGUUUGAAAGAUAGUUCUUCUGAUCAUCAAAGUGAAGGGAUUGAUAGUCAUCAAAAUGGAGAGAUUGAUGAUGCCACAGUUGAAAAAGUAGUUUUGCAGAGGCAAUCAUCCCAGAGUUCUUGUUGACACUCUUAGUUGUACAUUGGAUAAUCAAUCAGGUAUUUUGGUGUUUACCAAAUUUACAUAAAACAUAUACUCGUAUCGUAUGACAAAAGCUGCAAGGAAGGGUGAAAGCAUUUUCAGGAAAUGCGAUUGGCAAUAUUGUACAGAUAAAAACUACUUAGCUUUUGGUUAUCUAUCUGCCAUUUAGUCCAUACAAAUGGAAUGAUUAUGAACUUUGAUUAUUUGGUUGUGUUUCUUUCAUCAACUUAAUUUUUUAUUCUUCCUUUUCAUGCAAUUUGUGUGAUACAUGCGCAUAUUGAAGG